AAACACGAAAAAUUAAUAAGAGAUUGUUUUCUUGGCAUAUAUUUUCAUUAAUUCCAAGGUUGGUCUUAAUUAAUAUAUUAUGGCUGGAGGAAGAGGUAGUGCGAAUAGUGUUGCCGCCACCGCUUUGGUGAUGAUGGUUGCCGUGACAUUGUUGGUUGAUGUGGCUCAAGCCGCGAGCUACAAUGUUCCAUGGACCAUACCCUUCAAUGCGAACUGGCUUCAGGGCAAGACUUUCAAAGUCGGUGACACACUCGUGUUCAAGUUUGACAAGAAUAAACACGAUGUGAUGGAGGUAACGAAGAAUGGCUACGAUACAUGUCAACCACAAUCCACAGGGAAUGGAAGAAAGGCGGCAUCGCCGGCUACUUUUAACUUAAAACCAGGUGGAACACAUUACUUCAUCUGCACUAAACCUGGGCACUGCCAAGGGGGAAUGAAGACUGCGGUCACCACCAGCACGUAAUGCCAAUGGCGGUGUUGUCGUCCUUAUUAUAUCCAUGACAUAUUUUAUGAUGAAACCACUUUAAGUUGCUAUUGUAUGCAUGGCUCUAGAUGCCUAAUACCAUGUACGUUUUACUUAUUUCGAUCAGUGCCCUACUCUACUUGCUCCUAAUAUAUAGCACUGUAUCAAUAAAAAUAUUUGCUCGAAUAAAUUGAUCAUUCCAGUACAAG